GAUCAUCUAUAAAGACUAUUUUCCACCGAGGGUCAAAGUUUGACCUUUGACCACCAUAUGGAUAUUACAAAUCUGCCACGGCCUAGGGCUCGGGUCGUGACACUCUCUCUAGUGUAACUUCUUCACUACUAGCUCAAACUUCAAUCGGAUUGCAACCAAGUUUCCAAGCAUGGCUGACUUGAUCCUCUCUCCAAUUGUUGACAAAAUCAUUGGGCGUUUGGGAUCUGAUGCUGUGAAAAAGAUCUCUCUGGUUUGGGGUGUCAACGAUGAGCUCCAACAGCUCAAUGAAACCAUUUCAACUAUCAAAGCAGUGCUUCUCGAUGCCGAGAAGAAGCAGUCCCACAACAACCAAGUCAACAACUGGCUCCACAGGCUGGGCAAUGCAGUUCUUGAAGCCGACGACUUGAUGGACGAGGUCAAUACUGAAGCUCUACGACGCAAACUCAGGAUGUCUCGAAACCCAAUGGCCAACCAGGUAUGCACUUUCUUUUCCGGAUCCAACCAACUUGCUUUUCGGUUCAAGAUGAGUCGUAGAAUCGAAGGCAUCAAGAAAAAACUGGCUGACAUUUCCAAGGAUAGAAACUUCCUUUUGGACGAAGGACAUGGAGAGACUCCGAGUGUUAGGAGAGUGAGAGAUACUCACGCCUAUGUACGUAAGGAAGAUGUUAUUGGGAGAGAUGGGGAUAGAUCUGUUAUCAUAGAUAAGCUUUUGUUGGAGAGUUGUGAGGAGAGUGUCUUGGUGCUAGCCAUUGUAGGCAUAGGUGGGUUAGGAAAAACCACUCUUGCUCAAAGUAUUUUUAAUGAUGAGCAAGUUCAAAAGCAUUUUGAGUUAAAGAUCUGGGUGUGUGUCUCUGAUAAUUUUGACUUGAAAUUAAUUGUGAAAAAGAUCAUUGAGUCUGCGAAAGGUGAGAAUACUGUGGGAGACAUAGGAAUGGAGCCGCUACGGAAGAAACUUGGCGAAGUACUUGGUGGCGGGCGGUAUUUUCUUGUACUAGAUGAUGUGUGGGAGGAAAAUCGUAAUAAGUUGUUGGAGUUGAAAACUUUAAUCACAAGUGGUGAAAAUGUAGGGAGUAGAGUUGUAGUAACUACUCAGUGUGAAAAGUGUGCUAAAUUUAUAGCUAGCAAAGAACAACCAUAUCCAUUGGGAAUUCUUGAUGAAGAACAAUCUUGGUCUCUGUUUAGAAAAGUGGCUUUUGAGGAUGGAUCACAAGAGCUCGAAAACAACACUAGUAUCGUGAAGAUUGGAAAGGAGAUUGUGGAAAGGUGCAAAGGAAUCCUCCUAGCUAUAAAAACAAUAGGAAAUCUAUUGUAUGGUAAAAGUAAGGAAUCAGAGUGGUCUUCCUUUAAUAAGGAAUUUUCAAAAAUACCAGAACAACAAGACGAUGAUAUCUUACCCACCCUUAGAUUGAGCUAUGAUCAUCUUGCCUCCCAUUUGAAACUUUGUUUUGCCUAUUGUAGUUUAUUUCCUAAAGACUACAAUAUUAAGGUAAAAACUUUAGUUAACCUUUGGAUGGCGCAAGGAUUUCUUAAGCUAUUAGAUCCAAGUCAAGAUCAAUGUUUGGAGGAUGUGGGUUAUGAAUGGUUUAUGAAUUUGUUGGAAGGAUCAUUCUUUCAAGAUGUUGAAGUAGAUGAAUGUGGCAUUAUAGAAAGAUGCAAAAUGCAUGAUCUGAUGCAUGAUCUUGCAGUUCAAGUAGCAGGAGCAGAAUGUGCUACUUUUGCAAAUAUCAAGGAAACUACUCAUCACGUGUCCUUUACAAGUCAUACUUACUCCAAAAGUGAAAUAUCAGCUUCGUUGGCUCAUGCCAAAAGGAUUCGAACAAUUCUUCACUUUUCUGCUUCGAAGGACCAGACAUUUUGCGAUGCAAUUAUAUCAAACUGUAAGUCCAUACGUUGUUUGGAUUUGAAUGAUUCAUGGAUGGAGUUAGUAGCAAAUUCUAUUGGGAAGUUGAAACACUUGAGAUAUUUAGAUCUCUCAAUGAAUUUUGGACUCAAGUUACUUCCCAGUUCAAUUACUAAUUUGCUGAAUUUGCAAACACUGAAACUCAAUGCAUGCUCACAACUCCAAGAACUACCUAGAGAUAUUGAGAAACUCAUCAAUCUUAGGCAUCUUGAACUUUCUUUUUGUUGUAAAUUAAAUUCUUUGCCAAGUGGACUAGGUCAGUUGACGCAAUUGAGAUUCUUGAAUCUUUCUGGGAAUGGUGGUCUAUUGUUACUACCGGAUUCAACUAAUUGUUUGUCGAAUUUGCAAACCCUGAAACUCACUCGUUGCUCAAAGCUCCAAGAAUUGCCUAGAGAUAUUGAGAAACUCAUCAAUCUUAGGCACCUGGAAAUUUCUAAUUGUGAUAAAUUGGAGUAUGUGCCAUGUGGAUUGGGCCAGCUAAUUAAUCUUCAGACAUUAUCGAGGUACGUGCUGAUGAAGAGAGAGGAAUCUAUCCGAAGGCAUGGUGGUGAGUUAAAAGAAUUGAUGAGACUGAACAACUUGAGAGGGGAAUUGGAAGUUAUAAAUUUGAGCCAUGAGAAAGAUGUGGCAGCAAAGUAUGGGAGUGCAAAAUUAAAGGAUAAAAAAUAUCUUCGAUCUCUGAUAUUGGAGUGGGAUUCUCAUGUUGAAAUUGAUGAUACAGAAAUCAUUGCUGGUUAUGAAAUGUCAAUGGAAGGCCUUCACCCACACGAAAAUCUUCUAGUACUAAGGUUAAAACAUUAUGGGGGUGUCAAGCUCUCCACCUGGCUCUCAUCACUUACAAACUUGGUCAACUUAACUUUGGAGGGUUGCAAGAAAUGUGAGUAUCUAGUUCCAUUGAAUCAAUUCCACUGUCUCAAGGUUUUGAGCCUUUGGAGGUUGGAGUCCUUAGAGUACAUAUCCAACAAUAGUUGCAAGGAAGACUUAUUUGGGUCAACAAAAUCAUUACUUCCAUCUCUACACAAACUUGAGUUGAGAGGUUUGCGUAAUCUAAAGGGAUGGUGGAGAGAGAUUGUAAUUAGUGGUGAAGAAGAAGACAAACACAUCUCCUUGCCUUAUCUCCCUUCUCUUUCUGAUUUAUUUAUACAAGAUUGUCCUAAGUUGACUUGCAUGCCACUUUACCCGCAUUUGGAAUAUCUGAGAUUGUGGAACAGCAGCUUGAAGCCAUUGGAAGAGACAUCAAGAAUGAAGAUGAGCAGUAGCGCUGCAUCUUCUUUCUCUCCUCUCACCAAAUUGAAAACACUAUUUCUAACUAACAUUCAGGGUCUAGAAUGUCUUCCAGACUGGUUCAAGAGCCUUACUUCUCUCAAUAAAUUGGAUAUUUUUUAUUGCCCUGAAUUGAAGGAUCUGUGUCCAGGUAUCCUACAUCUCUCGCCACUUCAAAACCUGCGGAUUGGAAAUUGCGAGGGGUUAAUGAAACAACCAAAUAAUGAAUUUCACCAGCCUAAUUAUCACUCGCUGUCAUCAGGAAAGUUGCCAAAUACAGUGACUGUUCUUCCUAAGGGUAUCCAACAUCUUACAAGUCUGCAACAUCUUAAAGUUUAUUACUCUCAAAGUCUGACAACAAUUCCGGAGUGGAUCCACAACCUCAAAUCACUUAAGACACUUGGGUUAAUAUUCUGCCCCAAUCUGACAUCAUUCCCUGAAGGAAUUCGAAGCCUCACCACUUUGAACAAGCUCACUAUACAAGGCUGUCCCAUGUUAUUGAAGAGAUGCAAAAGGGAAGUAGGUGAAGAUUGGGAUAAGAUUUCUCAUAUACAACACUUGCUCUUAGAUCCAGAUCCCAACAAAGAAGAAAAUGAGAAUGCAUCGGAAGAGGAAACAGAAUCGGGCGAGACAAAGGGAUGCAACCUCUUCUUGAACAAGUUUAGGGCUACUUUUGGAGAAGAUGCAUGACCAUGAGAGUUAUAGAAGCAAUGAGGAUGAUCCAAUAAACAAAGAUAUGAAGCUAUUAAGCUAUUAAGUCUUGUCAUAGCUCAAAAGUCUCACUCUCAUGUACUGAUUCAAAUCUGACUUAUUUUUGAGUUUAAGUUUGCAAACAGAGGCAAUGCUGAACUGGUUCAAGUUCUAUUGGUAGCAGAGAAAUGUCUAAAAAAGUCUUGUCAGCACAAUGAGCACUCAUGGUUCACAAUGUUCUAGUUUUUCAGGGAUGGUUAUGAAUAUUUUCACCAGAAGAGUAUUGAGACAAUCUGCUGAAAAAAUUGAAAGAAAUUUAUACUUUCCUUUCCCAUGAUGCUUGUUUGGAGAAUUUCGUAACUUUAUUGAUUCGUAGUUGCUCAAAUAACAUCAGGCAAUAUGUGUACCUGUGUACCCGAAGAACAAUGAUCAAAGUUCUAGUAGGUGGAAUAAGGAAUGGACUCAGUCAUCAACCUCCAUGCCUUCCAAUAUAUGCUUUGCAGAUUCUACAAGAUGCAAGAGGUAGAGAUUGCGGUUUCAACAGCUACUGUGCUCCACGAAGUGAGCAGAGGCCAAGUUGCCACUACCCAAAUGGUUACAUUUUCAGUGAUCCAAUUGAUGAGAUGACAGGAUGCAAACAAAGCUUUGAAGCUCAAAGUUGCGAUGAAGAUUUGCCUCUGUCUGAUUAUGAGCAUUUUGAAAGAGUGAGUGAGGACUGGUGCAGGAAGUCUUGCUGAUGAAGCUGUCCUAAUGUUUUUUGUAUCACUUUUGCCUUGAUACUUUUGUGGACUUGUCGUUAUUUUCAGCUCAUUUCUACUGCUGUAAUAUAUUGACGUUUUGAGAGUGAUAUUUAUACUCUCUUUUGGGAAUGAAAGACCUAGCUGUCAUAUUUCAUAAUUAA